CUCCGCUUCCCGGCGCGCCCCGCGCGCGGCCCGUUGCCAUGGCGCCCCGCCCCCGCGACUUCCGGCGCCGCCCCCGUACGGAAGCCGGGCGGGGCCCCGCGGCGGCGGCGGCGGCGGCGGCGGGGGGCGAUGGCGGCGGCGGCGGGGGGCGCGGCGGCGGCGGCGGCGGCGCGGGAGCGGCGGCGGGAGCAGCUGCGGCAGUGGGAGGCGGCGGCGGCGGCGGCGGCGGCGGCGGGGCCCCCGCGCCCCCCCCGCGCGCGCGCCGUGCGCUUCGAGCGCGCCGCCGAGUUCCUGGCCGCCUGCGCCGGCGCCGACCUGGCCGAGGCGCGCGCCAUGGUGCGCGCGGGGGGGCGCGCGCUGCUCAACGGCGCCAACGCCGACGGCAUCAGCGCGCUGCACCAGGCCUGCAUCGACGAGAACAUGGAGGUGGUGCGGUUCCUGGUGGAGAGCGGCGCCGACCUCGACCAGGCCGACAACGAGGGCUGGACCCCGCUGCACGUGGCGGCCUCCUGCGGCUACCGGGAGAUCGCCCAGUACCUGCUGGAGCACGGGGCCAACGUGGCGGCGGUGAACAGCGACGGGGACCUGGCGCUGGACGUGGCCGAGGACGACGGCACGGAGGCCCUGCUGCGCGCCGAGGGGUGGACGUGGCGGCGGCCAAGCGGGAGGAGGAGGAGCGGAUGCUGCGCGACACCCGGCAGUGGCUCAACGCCGGCAAGAUCAGCGACGCCCGGCACCCGGCCACCGGCGCCAGCGCCCUGCACGUGGCCGCCGCCAAGGGCUACAUCGAGGUCAUGAGGCUGCUGCUGCAGGCGGGCCACGACCCGGACGUGCGGGACAAGGACGGCUGGACGCCGCUGCACGCCGCGGCGCACUGGGGCGUGGAGGAGGCCUGCCGGCUGCUGGCCGAGCACCUCUGCGACAUGGCGCCGCGCAACAACGUGGGCCAGCGGCCGUGCGACCUGGCGGACGAGGACACGCUGCCCCUGCUUGAGGAGCUGCAGAGGCGCCAGGACCACCUGCGCAGCCAGAAGGAGCCUCCAGUGCCGCCGGCCCUGAUCGAGCCGGGCCCCGAGCCCGACCCGGCGCCCGCCUGGAGCAGCAAGCACCGCCGGAGCUCCGUGUGCCGCAUGAGCAGCCGGGAGAAGAUCUCGGUGCAGGACCAGUCCAAGGAGCCGGCGCUGGGCGCCAUCGCCCUGCCCGAGGACGACAGCGGCGACGAGGCCGACGAGGGGCCCCCCCUGCCGCCACCCGAGCCCCCCGCCGAGGCGCCCGCCGAGAGCUGCACCCCCAACGGGGUCCCCCCCGCCGGCAAGGCGCCGGGGGGGCCGCCGUGGGGCCUGCGCAAGACGGGGAGCCUGGGGGCGCUGCCCCCCCCCGGGGCCCCCCGCGACGGCGCCGUGAAGCGCUCGGCCUCCAGCCCCCGCCUCGCCGCCCCGGACAAGCAGCAGGACAUCUGGGAGCUGCUGCAGCAGUGGAACCGCACCCUGAUUGGCCCGGGCUCAGCCAAUAAGAGCGCAGCCUUGGAGCCGGCCAAUUGGGAGGAAGGGAGCGCAGCGGGUGACCCGGGGCUCCCGGACGCCUGGGCCCCCCCGGACGCCUGGGCUCCUCCCUCGCAGAGCAAAGAGCCGCGCCUGGCCCGCGUCCCCCCGACCCCCACGCGCCGCAUCUUCGCCCUCCCCGACGCCCCCCCCCGCACGCCGCCCGACGGAGGCCUCCAGGCGAAGCCGGACACCGGCGCGGCCCCCCCGGUGCCCCCCGCCCCCAGCGCCGACCCCCGGCCCCGCAGGUCCUACCAGACCCCCGUGCGGGACGAGGAGUCGGAGUCGCAGCGCAAGGCCCGAUCCCGCCUCAUGCGGCAGUCGCGCAGGUCCACGCAGGGCGUCACUCUGACGGAGCUGAAGGAAGCGGAGAAGACAAUUGGCCGCGGCGGGGAGGGGCGGGCGCCUGAGCAGCGAAUCAGAGAGGACGAGAGGCGGGACCGGGAGGAGGGGGCGCCGCCCCUGGAGAGCGCGGACUCCUCCUGGCGUUCCCGGGUCCUGGCCGCCCCUGGCCCCCCCGGCUCGCAGGCGAAGAAAGGGCCGGAGACGGAGGCCCCGGGGCCGGAGGCCGAGGCCGAGCCGCGGAGCCGCCCGGGCGCCCGGGAGCGGCGGAAGCCCCGGCGGGAGCGGCGGGGGCCCGGCGCCGAGCUCUACGAGGAGCUUUGGGCCGAGAACGAGAAGCUCAAGGAGCAGCUGCAGGAGACGGAGCUGAAGCUCACCCAGAUCAAGCUGGAGCUGGAGCGGGUCACCCAGCGGCAGGAGAGGAUCGCGGAGCGGCCGGCGCUGCUGGAGCUGGAGCGAUUCGAGCGGCGGGCGCUGGAGCGGAAGGCGGCGGAGCUGGAGGAGGAGCUGAAGGCCCUCUCGGACCUCAAAGCCGACAACCAGCGCCUGAAGGACGAGAACGCGGCUCUGAUCCGGGUCAUCAGCAAGCUCUCCAAGUGACGCUGCCCCAUGGCGCCCCGCGGCGCCCCACGGCACCCCAUGGCUGCCCCACGGCCCCCCCUGGGACCCCGCCGCUGCCCCACGGCCGCCCGCAGACGCUGCUGCCGCCGCCCCGCAGCCCCCCGGGACUCCACUGCCGCCCCACGGCCACCGGCGGGACCCACGGCCGCCCCAUGGCCCCCCAUGGACCCUGCCGCUGCCCCACAGAACUCUGCCGCUGCCCCACGGGACUCUGCUGCUGCCCCACAGGGCUCUGUUGCCACCCCACAGCCGCCCCCCGCCCCGCUGCUGCCCCACGGCCCCCCAUGGGACUGCAUUGCUGCCCCACAGCUCCCCAGUGCCACCCCACAGCCCCCCCACGGCCCCGCUGCUGCCCCACAGCUGCCUCAUGGGCCCCAAUGGCCACUUGUGGGUCCCUGCUGCCCCCCCGCACCGCCAUGGGGCACUGGUGGAGGGGGCGGGGCUUGAGGGGGCGGGGCCAGGCUGCGCUGGGGCUGCCCCAUGUUGAUGCACUGACCCCGCCCCUUCCUCUGAGGCCACGCCCUCCCUGCAUGGGGCGGGGCCUGUCUUGCCCCGCCCCUUCGUCGUGUCAAAGUGGGUGGGGCUUCUGCGGUGCCAUUGCCCCGCCCCCUUCCCUGGUGUCAUAGUGGGCGGGGCUACUGCACGCCAGCCCCGCCCCCGGGUCCAAGCAGCCAAUCAUGCACUCGGUGCCCUGCCCCCCCUCCAAAGUGUGCUGGGGGCGGGGCCUCGCCACGGGCCACGCCCACCGCCAAAGCCCCGCCCCCGGGAAGCCAAGGGGCGGGGCCCAGGUGUCCGAGCCCCGCCCCCCACAGGUAUUUUUGCAAAAAAAAAGGGGAAAAAAACAAAGGAAAAAAACAAACCAAAAAAAAAAAGGUCGGUUUGGGGGGGGGGGGGCGCGGUGCAUUAUGGGACGGGGGGGGGCAAUAAACCGUGACCAGA